UUCCCCUCCCCUCCGUCUCUUCGCUUUCCUUGCCCUGCUGGGGCCCUCGACUCUGCGCCUCCUCCCUCUGUUAGCCCAGCAGCUCGGCGGACGAACUGCGUGUUGCUGCGUCAUCGGCAGUGGCCGGUUUGAAUGAGACUCGUCGCACUGAAGCAGCAGCCAGCUCCGUGCCUGUGCCUCGGCCGCCGCUACACCUUCUUCUGGUACCCUGCCCGUCACCGCCCUCUCCGGGCCCAGCCUCCCGCGCCCCCGCCGCCGCCCGCGCCCCGCCAUGCCGCUCUACUCUGUUACUGUAAAAUGGGGAAAGGAGAAAUAUGAAGGUGUAGAAUUAAAUACUGAUGAACCUCCAAUGGUGUUCAAGGCUCAGCUUUUUGCACUAACUGGAGUCCAGCCGGCCAGACAGAAAGUUAUGGUGAAAGGAGGAACUUUGAAGGAUGAUGAUUGGGGAAACAUUAAAAUAAAAAAUGGAAUGACUGUACUAAUGAUGGGGUCAGCAGAUGCUCUUCCUGAAGAACCCUUAGCUAAAACUGUCUUUGUAGAAGACAUGACAGAAGAACAGUUGGCAUCCGCUAUGGAAUUACCAUGUGGAUUGACAAACCUUGGUAACACUUGUUACAUGAAUGCUACAGUUCAAUGUAUUCGUUCUGUGCCUGAACUCAAAGAUGCCCUUAAAAGGUAUGCAGGUGCCUUGCGAGCUUCAGGGGAAAUGUCUUCAGCCCAGUAUAUUACUGCAGCCCUUAGAGAUUUGUUUGAUUCCAUGGAUAAAACUUCUUCUAGUAUCCCUCCCAUCAUUCUACUGCAGUUUUUGCACAUGGCUUUCCCACAGUUUGCGGAGAAAGGUGAACAAGGACAGUAUCUUCAGCAGGAUGCUAAUGAAUGCUGGGUACAAAUGAUGCGAGUAUUGCAACAGAAAUUAGAAGCCAUAGAAGAUGAUUCUGUGAAAGAGACAGAUUCUUCUUCUGCAUCAGCAGUGACACCUUCUAAAAAGAAGAGUUUAAUUGAUCAGUUCUUUGGUGUUGAAUUUGAAACUACCAUGAAAUGCACAGAAUCUGAAGAAGAAGAAGUCACCAAAGGAAAGGAGAAUCAACUUCAACUUAGCUGUUUUAUCAAUCAGGAAGUCAAGUAUCUUUUUACAGGACUUAAAUUGCGACUUCAGGAAGAAAUCACCAAACAGUCUCCAACGUUGCAAAGAAAUGCUUUGUACAUCAAAUCUUCCAAGAUCAGUCGGCUACCUGCUUACUUGACCAUUCAGAUGGUUCGCUUUUUUUAUAAGGAGAAGGAGUCUGUGAAUGCCAAAGUUUUAAAGGAUGUUAAAUUUCCUCUUAUGUUGGAUGUGUAUGAACUGUGUACACCAGAACUUCAGGAGAAAAUGGUCUCUUUUCGAUCAAAAUUCAAGGAUUUAGAAGAUAAAAAAGUGAAUCAGCAGCCAGAUGCAAGUGAUAAAAAGAGUAGUCCCCAGAAAGAAGUAAAGUAUGAACCCUUUUCUUUUGCUGAUGAUAUCGGCUCUAAUAAUUGUGGAUACUAUGAUUUACAAGCAGUGCUAACACACCAGGGAAGGUCUAGUUCUUCGGGUCAUUAUGUGUCAUGGGUAAAAAGGAAACAAGAUGAAUGGAUUAAGUUUGAUGAUGAUAAGGUCAGCAUUGUAACACCGGAAGAUAUCUUGCGGCUCUCUGGUGGUGGAGACUGGCACAUAGCUUAUGUUCUACUGUAUGGGCCUCGCAGAGUUGAAAUAAUGGAAGAGGAAAGUGAACAGUAAUCUUCAUUGUAACUAUUUAUGCUUAGGUGUGAAAUAAAUACUAUUUGUUGAUCAUUUUGGUAAUCCAGAAGUUUAAAGAAUGACAUUUUAGGUGGUUUUAUUUUUCCCCUCAUAUGGAACAAGAGGGCAGAAGUAGACCACUUCACCUAGAAAAUGACAUAAAAGAAAACUGUCUUUGGAUUGCUGCCUUGUAUAAAGGUGACAAGAAGACAUUUUCUAAGUUUAUUGCAUUAAUUUAAAAAAAUGAAUUGAAAUGCCUUUCAACCAUUACCUUCUGUGAUAAAUUUUCUCACUUUUCAGUCCAAGGUUCAGCAAUUGGAUGUUUAUUGCACACCUAUUACCUAUUUGUUGUUCUCGCAUGGUUCACACCACCAUUCAGUAGCUGUCCAUCCUUUGCCUUAUCUAAUAAAAAUUUUUCCAGGAAGGUGGAAAAGGAAGUGUUCCUCUCGUUGUGUUACUCAGUGCUGCUGUCCGUCCCAUGGAGACAUGGGCACAAUCAAGUAUUUGUCCAGCCUUACUGUUGCUGGCUUUUCAUGACUUUAAAAUAGUGGUCAAUAAUAGCAUAGCACAUUGAUUAUACAUUUAUUAUUGUCUCUCUGAUGUACUAGGGGCUGUACAUUUAACUUCAGAAUGGUUUUGUAGUAAUCUUAAAAAAAUGUUGACAAGCUCUGGGUGUUUAUUUUUAGAAAAUGAGGAUAUUUAAUAAAAAAAAGAGGGAUUAAUAGCUUUUGACCUCAAGUCUUUUGUUUUUUGAGUGUUGGAGUUUGGCUGAAGAUUCAGAUAUGUUUAAUACUACAUAAUUUCUGCAAAUGGUCGAUAUUACUGUGCUGUUAACCAUUGAUUGAAAAAUACCAUCUUUGCCUGCCCGUAUUAUGUUUAAAAUGAAAUACAAAGUUGUAAAAUUAGUAGACUUUGCUGAAUGCAGUGAUGUUAUCUCAAGAUUCAUUCCUUGGCUUAGUUGUUUUUCCUAAUUCUCAAAAUCUUAACGUCCAUUUCGAAAUUUAACAUUAGUGAUUUUAAAGUAAUUGUGAAAAACACCAAGUGUAUGAGAUAUUUAAAUAUGAUAGAGGUUUCUUACAUUUUAAUACAUUCUAAUUAUCUUUGUUUCAGAGAUUGCUAGUGAAAGGAUAAAGAAUGGAUUUUAGCUUGUUUGAUUUUCUUUGCGUUAUUCAUAGAAAUAAAGUUUGGGGAUUAUCAUGACAUCUCAUCUUUGCUUAGGUUGCUUUAAUGCUCUGCAGAGUGUAACACUGGUGACUAUUAGAUUCCUAGAGAAUAAUGGCCAUUUUCCUCUCAAAUCUAAUAUGAUGUAAUCUGAGAACACUAGGCGAGAGAAAAUUAGCAUUUCAGGGAAACUUCUUUGUAAAUAUCUUCCUCAUCUAACUUAGUUGGCAGUCAGCACUGUUGGGUGGGGGUAUGCAGGCUACAGUGGGGAAGAAGUGUAGUGAUUCCUUUAUGUUUGUAUGCCACUUUGCAAAUUCUUUAUUAACUGUCUCAUUUGGUUAGAGCAAUUUUAUGAGGACAUGAAUUUAGAAAUUAGAAUUUUCUGAUUUGCUGGAGCCUUGUAUGGAAUGUAUUAGAAUUUUAAAAAUUGUAAUUCCUUGUCAUUAUAAAAAACUUGAUUUCAUCUUAUUUGGUCUAAAAAUAUUAUUCCAAAGAGAUUUUUUAAGUAGAAAUGGGAUUUAUGCCAGUGUUGUUUUAAACUUAGUAGGACUUCAGCCUUGCGUGUAAGGUAUUGAGAAGGGAGAGUAGGCCAAAAAAUGUCUUGGUUCCAGAAUGUGCCUUAUAUGCUGUGCCACUAACACUGAGGCCAUUUUAACAUUAGAGCUGUGCUACGUCCACAGCUUGACUAAUUAGUGAAGUUAGGCCCAAGCAAGAACAUUUAUA